AUGCGUUUCUCCAACACCUCAGAGUCAGAAGGAGUGCCUCUGUCCGUGGACUUCCAGCACUCGCAGGACUAUUUCGUGUUUAUUUUUCAGAUUCUGUUCGCUGUCAGCACAGUUCUAGUGGCGGGGUCUGUAGUCAUUAGUAUCCUGGCCACGAGAGCGCUGCGCCUCCAGAACCGCUUCAUUUUCAUGUUCAACACCAGCGUGUGCGACACUCUCGUGGGUGUGUCCGUGUUCUACUUAGGCCUGUUCGAUGUGCAUGAAGGAUACCCGUCCCGGAAUGGAACACCACAUUUCCUCCCGUCUCUUUUAGGGGUCAAUAUGUUGACUUUUAUGUUUGCGCAGUUUGAUCGUUAUUGCGCAGUGUGCCAUCCGUUCGUGUACACGCGCUUCAUUACGCGCAGGUUCAUUAUAUGUGUGAACUUCUACAGCUGGAUUCACAUCUUCACACAGACCACUAUUCUGUAUAUGUUGCCACUUUCAAAAGCUGUUCAGUUGUACACGAUCAGCAUCAUCUCGCUGCAGAUUAUUGUGCUCACAAAGUGGGCCAUGACUAUUAAACUUUAUUUUGUGGCAAAGUUUCAGGUGGAAAGAGAUCCGCCGGGUCAGAAAAGAGAAAGCAACAGAGAAUCCCUUAGAAUGAUUGUUUUUGUGGUAAUAAGCUUCUUAGUGCUGUGGUCCCCGUCCUUUAUCAACAUCACCCUCAGGUGGUUGGCAGAAGGCGUCACUUUUAGAAAUGAAGGCCACAAAUCCUUCUUUGCCAUCGUGGCUCGUUUAAGCGCCAUCGUCACUCCAGGGGUGUAUCUGUGGGGCAGCCAGACUCUGAGGCAGGCUCUGGUUGCGAGUGGUGUGGGGCAGACUGGCCCACACUGCAGGCACAGAAAUAAAACCAAAGCACUCACUGUAAAUAUAAACCGCAUUAACCUGCAGCGUUAA